AUGGGACGCCGCCCCGUCGCCGCGGCGCUGCUCUGCGCGGCCGUCUCGGCCCUCCCGGCGCUGCGCCCGCGGAAGAACACGAUCGCCUGCGCGGACCCGCUCGCGGCCCAGGACUUUACGCUGAAAUACGUCGGGGGCCUCUGGACGGACCAGCUCGUCGACGGCGGCAACGGGUCCUGCGCGAACAUCAAGUGGGUCAACUUCAGCCCCGACGACCCGCACAACGCGAACAACACGCAGUUCCACUGGCACUUCGUCGAGACGUCGCGGAAGCCCACGGGGCCGAUGUCGCUCGUGCAGCUCCACGGGUACCAGGAGUGGCUCCACGGCAACCUGAGCGAGGCGGCGAACCCGGCCGACGAGCUCGCGGACAUGCACAUGACCCUCGCCGCGGGGUCCUUGGACCCCUUCGCGGAGCUCUACCGGCGCGACGGCGUGCCCUUCUCGCCGCGCGCGCGCUUCAUCCCGGCGGAGAACCUCACGCUCUACAGCGUGCUCGUCGAGAUCCCCCACGGCAUCCUCGUGGAGAUCGUCAGCGACACCUUCGCGUCCUACGACGGGCCGACGGUCGCGUCCGGGGCCGACGACUGCGCGCCGCGGAAGAUCCCGACGGCGAACGCCGCGUACUUUUCGCGCCUCCGGACCAUCGAGCCCUACGGCGCCGAGUCCCUGCCGCCCGUCUGGCCCUACAGCAUGUCCUACGCCUCGACGACGCCCGCGGAGGCCGCGGCCUUCGUCGAGCGGCACAUGGGCGGCCUCGUCGAGCGCAUCAUCGAGCUCAGCCGCGAGUUCCCCUCGCCGCCGCCGCCGCUCCCGGCGGCCGAGGCCCUCGAGGACGCGGAGCCGCCCGACGGCUGCGAGGUCCUCGCCGCGCCCGCGCGCGACGGCGACGACGCGCCCGCGCCCGCCCCGACGCCGCCCGACGCCGGGCCCGAGCCCGUCCCCAAGAGCCCGUCGACCGACGAGCCGGCGUCGCCCAAGGCGCGCGCCGUCGACGACCUGCCGCGCCGCGAGGACAGCCUCGCGAACCUGGCCUCGCUCGAGCGGCAGCCCGUGAAGAUCGUCGUCUCCGUGCACCGCGCGCGGCAACUCUUCAACGUCGGCGCGCCGGCGAAGGACAUGAACCCCUACUGCAUCGUGUCCUACGCGGGCUUCGAGAUCAAGUCGCGCCACGAGCCCGCGACCGCGGACCCGGUCUGGAACCUCGACGCGAUGCUCGACGUGCUCGUGCCCUUCCGCUCCGACGACGACUCCGUCGUGCGCCUCUACUUCUUCUCCGCGCGCACGGUCUUCGCGGACCGCAUGCUCGGCAAGCGCGGCCCCGCCGCGCGCGAGAUCGCGCUGUCGACGCUCUUCGACCCCGCGAAGCACUCCGUCGAGGGCACGCACCAGCUCAUGCGCCGGACCCAGCUCCCCAUCGUGCCCUGCGACACGAGCGAGCAGGACGGCCUCAAGCACACGCAGUUCAGCGGCACGCGCCAGGUCCAGCGGAAGUUCAACCCCUUCCACGACAACAAGUACCUCUACGGCCACGAUCUCGGCACGGCCGACCUCUCCGUCUUCGCCAUAUGCUCGGACUUCCGGUCUUAA